CAGACACUGACACGACAGGGUUUUUGUUGUCGCCUGUAGAAAAACUUCUCAGGUGAUGCUCAGUGUCUAAAAGUCUAACCUCCAUCACCUGUUGUACAUAAUGAAGGAUUCCGCGCGGGUUUUAUGUGAAAUGUUGGGGAUAUUUUUCAUGGCUGCUGGUUUUCUCCCACCACAUGUGUGGGCCCAAGUCAGCACGCAGAGCAUUGUGGUGGAGGCAAAGAACAUCACAGUUUCUGCGGGGUCAAGGGUCGUUCUGCCAUGUCAUAACCAGAAAAUUGUGUGGAGGCAGGACCAUCUUCGGGAUCGUCAACGUGUGGUGCACUGGGACCUGAACCGCAACCGCCCUGAUUACACAGUUGAGCGUGUUCUAGACAUGUUCUCAGGAGGGCCGGAGCGUGUCUAUAACGCCUAUAACAAGGGCCGGGUCACUGUCUCCAAAGAAGCAUUUGAUGAUGGCAACUUCUCUCUCACCAUCCAUAAUGUUGAUAUGAACGAUAAAGGCAUCUAUACUUGCAACCUGCAUCACCAUUACUGCAAGAUCGACCAAUCCAUUCAAAUCCAGUUAAACGUCACCAAGUCACCACGUAAGGAGAGGCGUGUAUGGAAUGGGGAGAAGUCUGUCUUUGUGGUGUUGGAGGGCAGCAGCGUGGUGUUGCCUUGUAUAAACCGACGCCCUCUUUGGAGGGGAGGGCUCCAAGAAGACCAGCAGCAGGUUGUGCACUGGGACUUUCAGGGUCCGGGGGUGAGGCAUCACCAGGCAGACCGGCUUCUCGAUCUGUACGCCUCUGGAGAGAAGCGGGAGUACAGGCCAUUGUACCUCAGCAAGAUGCUCAUCGCAGAUGAUGCCUUCAACAUGGGGGAUUUCUCCCUCACAAUUAAUGACAUUCAGCCAUCUGAUAAAGGUCUCUACUCCUGCCAUCUGCACCAUCACUACUGCGGCCUGCACGAGAGACGCAUCUUCCGGGUGAUCGUGGAGCCUCCUUUGCCGCCUGUAGCUGCCCCUACUGAGGCUCAGACCACUCAACUUGCUCGUACUGAAACCACACAAAAGCCAGAAGACAAGGAUAAUGACCCGGAUAUAAAUAACGUGGAAGUCUCACAUGUGUUUAACGUCAUCCUGCCUGAGAGCCAGACUCACCUUUUUCACCAGACUGGUUAUAUCCUGGCUUUCUUCCUACUGCUACUGCUCAUGCUCAUAGGAAUCGUCAUGACCACAAGACACUGCAAAAAGAAAGGGCUGGAGUAUGACAUUCGGAGGGCUGACCGGAGUCACAGGACGGAAAUUGAAAUGCAAGCUACUGAACUAAGACCCUUCAAUCAGGAAGUCCGGCUUGACUACAAGAACAACAUAAUGAAAGAGAGGGUGGAGAUGAACAACUAUUUUGCCCCAAAAGAGAUCGAUCUCAACAGAGAAAUGGAGAAAUUUUCAAAGAAGUAACUGAUGGCAGGCUGCUGGCUGGUCCAGGGCAUGCGCUACAGGAUUCAGGAAGACUGCAUGAGUACACAAUGGAGCUUUACUGUACAGUUAACAGGAGACUCUCCAACUCUAAAAACCCACAUGCUUGUAGUAUGUCUGUUUCUAAUGUAAUGAUUUGCAGUGAUCUGUGCGAAAACAUUUUCCUUGAAGUAAAUGUCAUUUGUGUAGUGUCAUUUAAAGGUCAGUAGUCAACGUUUUAUAUUAUAAAUAUAGUGUGCUGUAAUUCUAAUCUGUUAUAACAAGCGAAAACAAAUGCAGUGAAAACAGUAAGGUAAAUCGAUACUGAUGGCAGUUUCACUAAACAGUUUUGCCCUGCUAAAAUGAGCUCACCUGAUGGAACUUUCCAGAAGAAACGCAUUGGAUGCUUUUACUGAAACCAAAUUACAUGAUUAAGAAACACUCAGGAAGUUAACUA